AUGUGUAGCUAUGAAAUAGAGAACAACUGCACCCUUUAUAUUUGUACAGAUAAUUAUGAAAUCCCAUCUAUAAAUGAAAUUCAAAAGAAAUUGGAAAGUCAAAAUGUUGAGAAAAAAAUUGAAGGAAUGGAGAAUUUGAUUUUUAAUAUUAUACAGGGGGAGCCAUAUGGAAACCUAUUGAUGUGUGUAAUAAGAUUCAUAGUACCUCAUAAAGAUCAUAGAUUAAAAAAGAUGAGUCAUAUUUUUUUUGAAAUUGUUGAUAAAUGUAAUAACGAUGGUAGUCUAAAAGAAGAAAUGAUAUUAGUUUGCAAUGCUUUAAGAAAUGAUAUUAUUUCUCCUAAUGAAUAUGUGAGAGGAUCAACUUUAAGAUUAUUAAGUAAAAUAAAAUAUUUAAAAAUAUUAGAUCCAUUAAUUGAAGCUAUUACAAAAAAUUUAAGUCAUAGGCAUAGUUACGUAAGAAAAAAUGCAAUAAGUUGUAUUCAUACAAUUAUCAAAGAACAUGGACUCGAUGUAAUACCUAAUUCUGUUAAGGAAGUAGAAAAAAUGUUAUUUCUUGAAAAUGACAUAUCUACGAAACGCAGUGCAUUGUCUAUGCUGACAGAUAUUGAUCCUUUAACCACAUUAAAAUACAUACUUUCCUUAAAUGAUCAAUUAUAUGAUACUGCUGAUGUAAUACUAUUAGAGGUUAUACAUUUAUUCAAAAAGUUGUAUAUUCCUCAUGUAUUUGAUGACUCAUAUUUACUAAUAAAUGAUGAAGAUGAAGAAAAUGAAGAAGACAGAGAGGAAAAUGGCUCAGAAGAAGAAAUUUAUGAAAAUGAAAAUGAAGAACAAGAACAAGAACAAGAUUUAGCUAUAAAGAGAAAAAAGGAACUAAUAGAUAAUGAAAGAAAUAUUAAUACUAGUUAUAAAAAGAAAGAUAUUUAUAAUAAUAAUAAUAAUGAUAAUUUAAAUGGGAAAAAUUGUUUAUUAUAUGAAUUGGGUGAAGAUAUUCAUCAAUUAAAAAAGAAAAAAGUAAACGAAAAUGAUUAUAGUCAAUAUAAAAAUAAUGUUAUUAAAAUACUUUUAAAUAUGCUAAGUAAAAAUGUUAGUAAUAGUGUAUUAUAUGAGGGAGCAUGUUGUCUUCUAUAUAUGAGCAAUUCUGCUUUAAGCAUAAAAACAGCUAGUGAGUGUUUUAUUAAGUUACUGAUUAAUCAGCAUGAUAAUAAUAUUAAAUUAAUUGUUAUUGAUAAAUUGUAUUAUAUUAUGUGUAAAUGGAAACAUAUAUUAGAAAAUUAUAUCAUGGAUUUAUUGAGAGCUUUAAGCUUUCCUUCAAGAGAUAUAAAAAUAAAAAUUUUAAAUUUGGUAUUACAUGUAUUAACAAAAAGGAACGUACAUUUAGUUUUAAAUGUUUUAAAAAAGGAAUUAUUAAAGUUAAAUGAUCAAAUUGUUUAUGCAAAGAAUUUAACUCAAAAAAAUAUGCAAACAAAUACAAAUCAUCAAUUAAACAGCUUUAAAAAUAUUAAUGAUAUUUUUCAAAUGAAUAAUAUGUCAACGAACUAUCAAGAAGUGAAUAGUUAUAAAAAAAUUCUAAUUAAAUCAUUACAACAUAUAUGUAAUAUGCAUUCUAAUGAAUGCUUAAACAUCGUUGAUUUGUUAUUAUUAUAUGUAAACGAUGAUGAAAAAGAAAUAAAUUAUGAAGCAGCAGUAUGUAUCAGAAAGCUAGCAAACAAUAAAAUUUUUCAAAAGAAUAUACUUCAGAAAAUAUUUGAUGCUAUUUUUGACAUUAAAAAACCCACUAUAUUAAGAAUUUUCUUCUGGAUAUUAGGACAAUAUAUGAAUGAUGAAAAUAUGAUUACUGAUUUUAUGAACAAAUUAUAUGAAAAUUUAUCUUCAUUUUUAAAUAGUAAUAUUGACUUAGACAUUAUUAAUAAAAUACAAAAUGAGAAAUUUAAAAAAAAUAAAACGAUGAAUUUUAAUUUAUCAAAUUCUAAUAUUCAGACAAAAACUGUAAUAUUAGAAGAUGGCACAUAUGCAACAGAAGCAUUUUUAAAAAAUUACAAUUUAUCUUCAGAUGACAAUAAAAAUAAUUUGCAUUCGUUUGCUUAUGAUUUAUUAUGUGAAAAUGACGAUUUACUUUUAUGUGUUAUAUGUGUUUGUCUAACAAAAUUAUAUUUAAAAUUAUUAUCAAAAGUUAAUGAUUCCUUUGAGUUUUUAAAUAUUUCUUCAAAUCAAUCAGCAAACAGUCUUUCAAGAAAUUCGUCAUAUAAUUCAAAAGAAUUAAAUAAAACACUUCAAAAUGGUAGUGUAACUGAAAAAAUAAGCAAUUCAAAUAGCGAAUUUUUAAUUGAAAAUAUUAAUGAAUUUAGAAAUAAAUCUAUAUAUAUAUUAGCAAGUAUUAUAAAAUAUAUAGGCCAGAAAAACGCAAAGUGUGCAAUUAGUAUUUAUGAAAAUGAUAGCAAUCUUAUCAGAAUAAAUCAAUGUCUAAAGAUAUUUUUAAAAAUAACUAAUGGAAAGAAGAUUAUAGAUAAGCAAACUCAAAAUUUAAUAAGAACUUUUUUAAACGGAGAUGAUUAUUUUCAAAAGUUUUUGGAAAAAGAAGAAGAAAAAUAUUGCUGUAUAUACGGUUCUACUUAUAAAAAUAUUAAAAAGAAAAAUAGAAUAAAUAAAGAUAUUCCAACAGAAUUAAUUGAUAUAAGCAAACUUCCAAAUGAUGAAAUGCCAAUAUGUGAACAAGAUAAGGCAAAUGUAGACGAUGAUAUUUAUUUCAGAGUAUUAAAAGAAAAAAAAAAUAUACUAAACAUGCUUGAUGAGGAGUCUAUUUCAACGAAUGAAAAUUUAGAAAAACUGAAAUUAAAGUAUACAUUAAAUAAUGACAUUUUAUUUGAAGAAAAUGAAUUUAAAUAUCCUUCAUUUAAGCAUAAUUACUCUUCCUUAUUCUUAGCUAAAUUAUAUAAUUCCCAAAGAUUAACAGGAACAGACGAUGAUAUAUUUAUUGAAGCAUUCCCUAUUAUUUCAAACAUUAAUUUAAUUAUAGAAUUUUAUGUAUAUAAUCAAUCAGGAGUAUACUUACAAAACAUAUACUUCAAUUUAUCAACUCAUGGAAAUUUAAAACCUAUAGAUAAAAUACCAGUAUUUAAUUUAUCUCCGUAUGAAAAACGCAAAUUUAAAAUAAGUGUAAAAGUUCAUACAACAGAAACAGGAAUCAUAUUUGGAUACAUUUUUUAUGAAAAAAAAAAUGAUAGUAAUAAAAAUUAUAUUGUGUUAAAUGAAUUGAAUAUUAAUAUGACUGAUUAUAUAAAUGCUUCAUUUAUAUCUUCCCAUCUUUUUCGUAUAAUGUGGUCUGAAUUUGAAUGGGAAAAUAAAAUUAAUAUUAAUACCUCUAUCAGAGAUGCAUUUGAAUUAUUGAAGCUGAUUAUAAAAAAUACUAACAUGACUAUAGUUGAGAAGUUUAUGCCUUUAGAAUAUUAUGAAUUAGAAACUAAAAAUAGGCCUGAACAAGCUAACGUUAAUCCAAUUGAUAUAUAUAUAUCUUACAUUUCAAAUUUAGAAGAUUUGAAAUGUUUAAUUAAUAACUCAGCUUUCUUUGCUAUCAACUUAUUUUCUCGAAGCAUAUUUGGAGAAGAUUCCUUAGCCAACUUAUCUAUUCAAAAAAAUUCUGAUGGGAAAUUAUCAGGAAGUAUAAGAGUUCGAAGCAGAACACAAGGAAUAGCUCUUAGUUUAGGAGAUAAAAUAACACUUGUUCAAACGGAAAUAAAUAAAGAAAAUUGA